AUGAGACCGAUCAAACGAGAACAAGUGGAACUAGUGAAAGAGUUGACAAGAAAAUUCAUUCAUACGCAUGGAGAACCAAUCUACUGUGGUCUCGAUUGUCAUCAAAUACUGGGUGUGAAUAAUGAUUUAGAAAAAGUGGAUUUUGGUGAUUCUGUAACGAUUAACGUCCAAGAUGAAAUACUGUACUUUUGGCAUUUUGGUGUGACGGCUAUUCAGGCGGCGAUCAAUGCGAAAACAGAUGUGUGUAUCACACAUGCGCCGGGACACAUGUUCGUCACUGACGUAAAAGAUGAUUUACCGACUGUAAAUUAA